UCCCCGCCCUUCCCUCCAGUCCCUCACCGGGACGUCUGUGCGCCGCGUCUCCGAGCGCCGUAGCAGGGGUGGCCGCACUUUCUCCGGGCUGGGGCUGUAGCUGAGUUGUGGGGAGUGCGCAGGGAGGCCGGCCGAGCCCAGGGAACGCGAGUGCUGAGGCGAGAGUCCCGGGCCGGCGGGCGGGCGAGCGCGCGCAGCUGGUUCUCCGCGUGGGUUGGGCGGAGGGUCCCAGGAGCGCGGCGCUGCGAAGAGCCGCCCCGACUCCGGGUCAGAGCCGAGGGAGGAAGCGAGAAGCGGCCUCGCGCUCCCUGCUGAGUUUCCCGUCUGCAAGAUGCCCAAGAAGAAGCCGACGCCCAUCCAGCUGAACCCGGCCCCCGAUGGCUCGGCGGUUAACGGGACCAGCUCGGCCGAGACCAGCCUGGAGGCCUUGCAGAAGAAGCUGGAGGAGCUGGAGCUGGAUGAGCAGCAGCGCAAGCGCCUGGAGGCCUUCCUGACGCAGAAGCAGAAGGUGGGGGAGCUGAAGGACGACGACUUCGAGAAGAUUAGUGAACUGGGGGCUGGCAAUGGUGGAGUGGUGUUCAAGGUCUCCCACAAGCCGUCUGGCCUGGUUAUGGCUAGAAAGCUAAUUCACCUGGAGAUCAAACCUGCAAUCCGCAACCAGAUCAUCCGGGAGCUGCAGGUGCUGCACGAGUGUAACUCCCCGUACAUCGUGGGCUUCUACGGGGCUUUCUACAGUGACGGCGAGAUCAGCAUCUGCAUGGAGCACAUGGAUGGUGGGUCCUUGGAUCAAGUUCUGAAGAAAGCUGGAAGAAUUCCUGAGCAAAUUUUAGGAAAAGUUAGCAUUGCUGUGAUAAAAGGCCUGACGUAUCUUCGGGAGAAGCACAAGAUUAUGCACAGAGAUGUCAAGCCUUCCAACAUUCUAGUGAACUCACGUGGGGAGAUCAAGCUCUGUGAUUUUGGGGUCAGUGGGCAGCUGAUUGACUCCAUGGCCAACUCCUUCGUGGGCACGAGGUCCUACAUGUCGCCCGAGAGACUCCAGGGGACGCACUACUCUGUGCAGUCGGACAUCUGGAGCAUGGGGCUCUCUCUGGUGGAGAUGGCAGUUGGGAGAUACCCCAUUCCUCCUCCCGACGCCAAGGAACUGGAGCUGCUGUUUGGAUGCCAGGUGGAAGGAGAUGCAGCCGAAACUCCACCCAGGCCAAGGACCCCUGGGAGGCCCCUCAGCUCAUAUGGAAUGGACAGCCGACCUCCAAUGGCGAUUUUUGAGUUGUUGGAUUACAUCGUCAAUGAGCCUCCUCCAAAACUGCCCAGUGGAGUAUUCAGUCUGGAAUUUCAGGAUUUUGUGAAUAAAUGCUUAAUAAAGAACCCUGCAGAGAGAGCAGAUCUGAAGCAGCUCAUGGUACAUGCUUUCAUCAAAAGAUCUGAUGCUGAGGAGGUAGACUUUGCAGGCUGGCUCUGCUCCACCAUUGGGCUUAACCAGCCCAGCACACCAACGCACGCUGCCAGCAUCUGAGCCUUUAGGAAGCAGCAAAGAGGAAUCCUCUGCCCAGUGGCAUGCCAUGUUGCUUUCAGGCCUCUCCCAUGCUUGUCUAUGUUCAGACGUGCAUUUCAUCUGUGGUGAAGGAUGAAGAGCACAGCAUGUGCCAAAUCGUACUUGUGUCAUUUUUAGUAACAGUCUUUAUCACUAUGGUUACUCCCCUAAGUGGAUCGGCUUUGUGCUUGGGGCUAUUUGUAUGUUCAUCAAACACAUGCCAGGCUGAACUACAGUGAAACCCUGGUGAGCUGGGUGGUCAUUCUUACUGAUGUUUGCACUGCUAUUCAUCGUGACUCACUAGCUGGCUGCCUGUAUUGUCAGGAUACUCGGACCCUUGGUACUUCACUCUUGCUGGUGACCUCUCAAGUCUGAGGAGAGGGAGCCUUGUGAGACCCUUCACAGGCAGUGCAUGCAUGGAAAGCAUGCUUUGCUGCUACUGAAAUGAGCAUCAGAACGUGUCCAUCAUGGUAUUUUUAUUUUUUGCUUUUGGUAUAGAACUCAGUAAUUCCCAUCAAAAAAAUCGAACCAAAGCCCAUCACUGCCAUGAUAGCUGGGGCUUCAGUCUGUCUACUGUGGUAAUUUUUAGACUUCUGGUUGUAUUUCUAUAUUUAUUUUUAAAUAUACUGUGUGGGACACUUAGUGGUGUAUGUCUCUAAGUUUGGAUUAGUGUUUCUAAAUUGGUGGUUCUUUUGAAUGUCACAAAUGGAUUAAAGCAUCAGUGUAUCAAGAGUUCUAUCUCUCUUCCAGUCUAAGUACCAAUGCUAUUGUAAACAAUGUGUAUAGUGCCUACAAACUGUAUGAAAACCCUUUUAACCAUUUUAAUCAAGAUGUUUAUCAAAUCUAAUCUCUUAUUCUAAUAAAACUAUCAAGUUAAAAUAAAAAGGACAAAAAAGA